CUUUGGGUGUCUCAGCCACAGAAUCUCCCCCGCCAGGAUGUGGCAGUGUCUGAGUCGCGUCAGCCUUAUGCUUGCCUGGAACAGGCAGGAACCAGACAAAUUGAGGAUUGAAGUUUAGGUACCAAAACUAAUGUGGGCGAUUAUUGCCCAGCACAGCCACGACUGGGGGGCAGGCACUGGGCAGUGAAGCAACGCUGCUUCGCUUCCUCUACAAGCAAGCGCUUAUAUAGCUAGCCCAGCUCUUCGCUCUUACUCUCGCUCUUUCUUUUCUCUUCCCCACUUCACUGUCCUCCUUUUACUUCCAUUUUUCUCUGGUCUUCACUUCCAGAAACAAAACUCCCACAAAGACAUUUCAGCUCACAAAGUCACCAGCCAACCCCGAUGUCAGCACAAGAAUACUUCGGCGGGUCUUCUCAAAACCCUCCUCGUCGGGAGGAAUCCCACACUCCUGGACCCUGGAACUCAUCGACGCCUGGACCGGACACGCCUCGCACCAGCGCCUACAGUCCCUAUCCCCCCUCCGAGAACUACUAUCGUCCAAACUCCAACCCCAACCCCAACCCCAAUCAGAACUACUAUGCCUCCCCACCAGACCCCCGGAUGGCGCAGGGGUCAUGGAACGGACCUUCUCCUUCCCCCUCCCUAGGCGGCGAAGGCUACCCCCACCAGCCGUACGGACAGCAGCCGCAGCCCCCGUACCCUCAGCACGGAGGACCCUCCCCCACCCCUUCUGGCUACCCCCCAUACCCUCCACAAGAAGGAGGAGGAGCACCCUACAAUGACCGCCCAUAUUCCCCCUACCAGCAGCAGCAGCAACAGCAACCAGGCCCCCAACAACCCCCACCCUACAGCACCAACCCCAACCUCCCGCCGGGCGCCACCGACGACCAAGACCGCGGCUUCCUAGGGGCCGUGACCGGCGGCGCAGCCGGCGCCUUCGCAGGCCACAAGGUGAACCAUGGGUUCCUGGGCGCGAUCGGCGGCGCGCUGACGGGCUCCGUCGCGGAAGACGCCAUCAAGAACCACCGCAAGAAGAAAGAGGAGGAAGAAAAGGAAGCCCUCCGCCGGCAGAAGGAGGCCCUCAAGGAGCAGAAGCGCCGCGAGAAGGAAGAGCGCAAGAUGCAGCGCCGCGCCGACCGUCACCACCGCCGGCACUCCUGCUCGUCGUCCUCGUCGUCGUCCUCCUCCUCCUCCGAUGACGAACGUAAGCAUCAUCCCGGAAGAACCUUCCGCGGGAACUUCUCCGGCUCCUCCCGCGAGAUCCGGCUCGAGGGGUACCACGAGCUCGUGGCCUACUGCGGCGACGUCGACGGCCGCCAGCACCGCUCGGUCAUCCCGCUCAACGACGUCCUCACCAACUCCUGGGGCGAGUUCAAGUGGGCCCGCCACGGCAAUUUCGCCGCCUCGGCGAGCAACGUCCACCUCGAGGAUGGGGGCCGCGUCCUGGUGGCGGAUCUGGGCGAUGGCAAUGGCGGGUGGAAGAGGAGCUGGAUCCGCUUGGAUGAGAGGAUCUCAAAUCAGAAUGGGCGGUUGGUGUUCUUGGAUUAGAUGGUGAUGAAGAGAGAGUAUUUCUUUGGAGGAUGGCCUGCCACGGGAGCGGGUUUUCAUGGAUAAUGGGUUUUAAUGCAUCAGCUUUCUGACACUGGACUUUGUGGCUAUCAAUUAUCGUAGUCCUACAGAGUACAACGUAGAUCUUACGAUAUCAAACAAUGCGGCAGGGUCUACUUUAAAUGAGCAGUUCUUCUAAUCGAAGCAUUACAACCAAUCAAAACCGUCAGGG